CAUACCUCAUCAAGCAAAUAUCCAAAAGUAUGAAUGUCCUUCCUUUCUUUCUCUGUUUCCUCCUCUUCUCCACUUUCUGUUCUCCUUCUCUGUCAGAACAUUGCAACCCUCAUGACAAAAAGGUCUUGCUCCAGAUCAAAAGAGCCUUAAACAACCCUUACCUCUUGGCCUCAUGGGACCCAAAAACAGAUUGCUGUGACUGGUAUUGUCUUGAAUGUGAUCCCACCACCCACCGAGUCGUUUCCCUCACCAUGUUCUCCGAUGACCGUCUCACAGGCCAAAUCCCAUCUGAAGUUGGCGACCUUCCAUACCUUGAAACCCUUCUAUUCAGACACCUGCCUAACCUCAAUGGUACUAUACAGCCUUCCAUUGCCAAGCUCAAGAACCUCAAGACUCUUCGCUUGAGCUGGACAAACCUGUCUGGUACAGUACCAGAUUUUCUUAGCCAACUUAAGAACUUGACUUACUUGGACCUUUCAUUUAAUAACCUCUCAGGCAAUAUUCCAAGCUCCCUCUCUUCACUCCCAAAUCUUGAGGCUUUGCAUUUGGAUAGAAACAAGUUUACAGGUUCAAUACCAGAGUCUUUCGGUAUGUUUCAGGGCAAAGCACCAGAUCUGUUCUUGUCCCAUAAUAAACUUACCGGUACAAUUCCUGCCUCGUUAGGCAACAUGGACUUCAACACCAUCGACUUGUCAAGGAACAUGCUUGAAGGUGAUGCUUCAAUGUUGUUUGGAUCCAAAAAGACCACAUGGGAAAUUGAUCUUUCGAGGAAUAUGUUCCAGUUUGAUCUAUCUAAAGUGGAGUUUCCCAAGAGUUUGGCAAGGCUGGAUCUGAAUCAUAACAAGAUUAUGGGAAGUAUUCCUCCAGGGUUGACUGGAGUGGAUUUGCAGUUCAUGAAUGUGAGCUAUAAUAGGUUGUGUGGGCAAAUCCCGGUAGGAGGGCGGUUGCAGAGGUUCGAUUACUACACGUAUUUUCACAACCGCUGCUUGUGUGGUGCUCCGCUUGAAAGCUGCUAGUAAGGAUGGAGACACUAGAGGGCUUUGCUGCAAUAGAUUUGGCAGUGAAGUGCGCACUAGUGGUUGUGAUGGGACAGUUGUGAUAAGCACAUCGUGGCAAAUGGUUUAACAUUUAAUUUGCUUGUAAAUUGAUUUGGCUACGAAGGGAGAAAAAGCACACAAUGAGGUGCUGCUUCCUAGUAAGCAUCUUAGUGCGCCGUUUUAGUUAUGUUUUACUCCAGAA